GUAUGUUGAAGCGCCUGAAUUCACGCACCGAGCACAUACUAACAUAGGCUAAUUAGAUGAUUUAAUUGUAUUAGGUACUAACACUUCACUUUCGGUUCUAUUCAUUGCAAUACAGUUAUCAUAUCGUCAGCUCCCGUUUUUUAUUAAUAAACCUCCCGGAUACUCCCGAACAUGGUCCUUCGAGCCGGAUGUGAAAUUUGCAUUGUUCUACGUGGAUAUAUAAGAAGAAGUGACGUGCAAUCAAUUAAAAGCGGAGUUAAUUAAAAUUAACAACUGAUUGGAGGUUACCGGCAACGUGGAAGUUGGACAAAUUUUGGAUUUUCGUGGUGUUAAGUCUGGACUUAUGAGUGAUUAUCACCCAACACUCUCAUUUAAGGUAUAAGUAUAAGUGUUAAUCACUGGACUUAAAAGGUUGAUACUCUCGUCUGCCAAAAUGACCACCGAAGAGAAGCUAGUUAAGAAACGGAGCAGCUACAAAGGCCGCUUAACUAUGUUUAUUAGUUACCUAGACACGGUAGAAAGUUUAAAAAAUUCCGAUAUUGCUGAAUUGCAAUUGCGUAUAGGUAAGGUGGAAUCAUUGUACGCGCAAUAUGACGAGGUGCAGUUGCAACUUGAAUGUGCAGCUGAUGACAUGCAAUCCCAGUUAAAUGAGCGAUCUAUGUUCGAGUCACAAUAUUACAAAGCGUUGGCCAGAGCUCAGAAUUUAUUAACUAAAUAUAAUAAAAGUAAUAACGAUGAUGCUUGUAGUGAGAAUGUUACCCGAGCUAGCAAUCAUAGGCUUGUUAAAUUACCUACCAUACAACUGCCAAAGUUUAGUGGAUCGUACGAGAACUGGUUGGAGUUUCAUGACACCUUCAGUAGUCUAAUUCACACUAAUGAUGAGAUUGACGAGAUUAACAAGUUUCAUUAUCUACGUGCCUCUCUGGAGGGAUCUGCUGCUGUGGUGAUUCAAUCAUUUGAAUUUUCGGCUAGUAAUUAUGCUGUAGCUUGGAAGGUGCUAUGUGAGCGUUUUGAUAACAAGCGGCUGCUGAUACAAAAUCACGUUUCAGCAUUAUUUAAUAUUGACCCGAUCUCAAGGGAAUCAUCUGUCGUUUUGAAACGUUUGAUAGACAACUUGAACAAAAACCUGCGAGCGUUAGAAUCAUUAGGUGAGCCAGUUAAACAAUGGGACACACUUUUAAUCCAUAUUGUUACGCAUAAAUUGGAUCAAAAAACUUACCGUGAGUGGGAGGAGUGUAAAGGACGUUUAGACCAGAAUAGCUCCAUCACGUUUGAUUUGUUUAUCCAAUUUGUGCGUGGCAGGGCUGACUUAAUCGAGACUUUAGAGAUGUCCCGUAACUUGAAUUCGACGUCACAUAAAUCGAGUUCUAAACUAAAGGCGAUGGUUUCCGUACAGCACACUAACAACAAGAAUAACUCCAACACAGACUCAAUUAAAAAUGUUUGCCCAAAAUGCAAUGGUGACCAUAAUUUAUCUAAUUGCACACAAUUUCUUGCACUAAGUAACGAGGCUAGGUAUAACUCACUGCCAAAUUAUAAGGUCUGCUAUAAUUGUUUUAAAAUAGGUCACUACGCGAACCACUGCAAGAAGCCAGGUUGCAAACUGUGUAAACGUAAGCACAACACUCUCGUCCACGUCUCAGAGCCAAAAGUAAGUAAUGCAGUGGCAACUGACAACAUCUGUCAAAGGACCGAAAAACGGUCUGUAUUUGAACCUUCGACGUCUGUUGCUGCCACUGCACCUGCUAGCAUAAAUAAUGUAGCUUUAUCUGCAAACAUCGGUCAUCAACAGCAAGAUGUGCUAUUAUCAACCGCAUUAGUGAUAUUGCUUGAUUGCAACAAUGUCGAACACGUCGCGCGCGCAGUUUUAGACAGCGGAAGCACAUCCAGCUUUAUGACCGAAGAGUUGCACAUGCGACUAAAUCUAGUUGUCGCUCAGAUAGAUAGCGAAAUCAAAUGUAACUUCGCUAAAACUGAAUCACAUUUUACUGGUGAGAUGGAUGACAUUAGACAGGACUUGACGCGGUUCUGGCAGCUAGAGGAAAUUAAUUCCAAGUCAUCGUCAUCACAUUACUCGCCCGAGGAGAAGUUAUGCGAAGAUCAUUUUGUUCAAAAUACGUCUCGUCUUCCUGAUGGACGAUUCUGCGUUCGGAUACCUCUUAAGAACGACCCUGAGUUGUUAGGUGACUCUCUUAAAAGAGCUACACAGUGUCUGUUUUCUUUAGAACGUAGUUUGAAGCGUAAACCUGAGACAAGUCAAAUGUACCACGACUUUCUCACUGAAUAUCAGUUGUUAGGCCAUAUGUCUGAAUGUGAGGGACCUCAUUCCUGCGCUGGAGCCUACUUUAUUCCGCAUCACGGAGUGUUACGUGAGAGCAGCUCCACGACAAAGCUACGCGUCGUGUUCAACGCAAGCAGUCCUACAACUUCAGGCAUUUCAUUUAAUGAUCUACAGAUGGUUGGCCCGGUAGUCCAGGAUGAUUUGCUGUCUAUUUUACUUCGUUUCAGGCAGCAUAAAUACAUUUUAUCAGCUGAUGUGGCGAAAAUGUACAGAUGCAUAGAAGUACAUCCUGAUGACAGAAAUCUACAGCAGAUUGUCUGGCGUGAUAAUUCUAGUCAUCCCAUCACAGCCUUUAAAUUGAAUACUGUCACCUAUGGUACAGCCAGUGCUCCGUUCCUUGCUACGCGCUGCCUUAAACAACUUGGCCUUGAAUGUAACGACAAGAAGACAGCUGAAAUCAUAUUGCAUGACUUCUACGUCGAUGACUUGCUCACAGGCAGCGAUGAUUUGGAGGAAGCCAAGGCAAUACGUGAAAGCGUUACCACGGUGCUAGCAUCCGCAGUUGGCGCCACUGUCGACUAA